AUGCAAAACUACAAAACUGAAAUUGAAAAUGCUUGGCCUUCUGAUAAACCUCGAAAUUUAACAUAUUUCAUAAGACCUCACGAAAAUACAACAAUAAUAAGACCAAUUGAUUGCUGUAACUCAUCUACAACGUUUUUAAAUAUAAUUGUACCAUCAGGACUCGAUCAAAAAGAUCGAAGAGUUGCUAUAAGACAAACAUGGGGCAGUAAAAAGAGAAUAAAUGAUAAAGAAAUAGUAGAUUUGGUGAAACAAGAAGCAAAUGAAUAUGGUGAUAUAAUUCAAGAAUCGUUUAUUGAUUCUUAUUAUAAUUUGACAAUAAAAGUUGGAAUGAUGUUUAAAUGGAUAAGAAAUAAUCAUCCAGAUACAAAAUAUAUUGUAAAAGCUGACGAUGAUGUGUACAUUGACGUUCCAAAGUUAUUGAAAAAUUUAUCGGAGCAUGAAAACAGGAGUAAAGAAUUAUUAAUGGGUUAUCUCAAUAUUUUAUAUCCACCGAUUAAAGAUGAAUACAGCAAAUGGUAUAUGCCAGAUUAUAUGUAUAGCGAAUUAACUUGGCCACCUUUCUUGGCUGGACCUGCUUACGUUAUGAGUCAGACAGUUUUAAGAAAACUUUAUGAAAAUGCUUUAACACUUCCAUUUUUACACCUGGAAGAUGUUUUUUUUACUGGUAUUUGUGCUCGUAAAGCACAUAUUGAUCCUAUCAGCAAUAAAAUCCUUGAAUCUUUUGAUGGACCUCUUGAAAACAUUUUAGAACAUAAAAUUUCAAUUGCAGAGAUGAAUCGUAUGUGGAAAAUUAGAAGUCAAUUAAAUAAUCAUGAAAAUAAAACUUCGUGA